AUGCCCGGUGCACCCUCCGACACCACCGCGCCUGCUGCCGCACCUGCGGCGGACGAAGCUAAGACCAGGAUGCCCACCGUCGCCGCGGACGGCGGUAGGUCCGCCCCUCCCUCGGGCACCACCGUGCCCGCUGCGACCGGUCGUGCCGAAGGGACCAUGGUGCCCACUACCGGAGACGGCGGGCACUUCGAUAUACUGGUGAGGGGGGGUAGAGCCACUCAGAAAUAUGAUCAGACCAAAACUCAGCUGAGCGCGGGCUCAAACAUGGGUGCAGCUGGAGCUGGGUCAGCGGCACCUGCGUCAAAGCCGGGCAAGUGCGAACGCAUGCUGUGGCUAGGAAAGGUUAGGCAUGUCGUACGGCACGAGUGGAGACUACACACGGGUAGCGGAGAGGUGCUGCUGUUGACGACGACUCUCGCCGACAAGAAGAACCCCAACAGGUCUUCGAACAAGCGCCAGACGGCGCUGGUUGACUGGCGCCAGCAGUCUACGGAAACGUUUCUCGCGUCCAUGGACAGCAUAGGGUAUGGCAACGCGCUGAAACACUUGGAGGAAAUCGGCUCGACGUUUGCGAAGGACACCCGCGCAAUAGCAACGUGGAACCAAGGAGGGAAGCCGCACGUUGCAAACGACCCUCACCGCUGCGGCCUUUCCUGGGGACGGCGUAGACGAGGUUCCAUCGUUGUCGGCAGCACGUCGGGCAAAGGCGCUGGGGGUUCGCGAGCACGCCUUCAACUCCGCGGUGGAGCGUGCCACGAAUUUGCCGAUCUUCAUCCAACCGAGGCGAUAAAACGCGGUGUUCACUGGUUUUGUCCCCGAGCUAAGGAAAGCAAUGCCGCCAGCGAAGAGCUGCUGGUGUUGAUGAGGCAGUACUGGCACACGGACGAGGUGUCACGCCAGUAUGGCAACUCAGCUGAGCGCGACAUGUGGAAGGCGAGUAAGUCUCCUGCAGCUCACCACCACCCUCGGCGGCAGCUCACCGAGCCGGGCGGGGGCGACGCGGUGUACGCCAAAUUUCUCAACUGGGCGUCUUACAAGAGCUUUAAGGAGCGACAGAGCGACGACUUCACUGACCCUGGCCGCACGCUCUUCCUCUCUACGCGGUACAAAUGGCGGCCGCAGUGGCGGGAAACGUGGAAGCACUUGGGCACAUUCUCCGAUGCGAUCGCCUGCCCCAAGGUCAACUUGCGUGCAGCGGACCCGGGGGGUGACGGUUGGAUGGGGCGGAAACCAGAGUGCAACGCUUUGGACUGCGCGAAGUGUGGGUUCGGGGGCGCAAAGGCAUUCCCAUCUGCAGCAAGCUAG